UCUCCAGCGACGUUCAGAUGUUGACAGUGCGCGGAUAUGGCCGGUAGUGUUUGGAGGAGUGGCUGGGUGCUUGAUUUUUUGAAACGAAUUUGUUUUUCUUCGAAACGUGGAGGUCAAGAACGUUUGCAGAUGUCUUCAACUCGUGCAUUUGUGCUAAAUGGCGGUUCCUCGAAAUCACUGAAUAUCAUAACCUGCAAAAGGAAUGACAGAUUGUCACAUUACUGUGUUCACCGACACCUAACCCCAGUGUACACUGUACAUCACGCUGCAUUUUUAUCAGCAAAAGGUGAAUGUCAUUCUUUGCAGAGUUGUCAGGCCAUAAAUAAAACUAAGUGCGUAAACUUAUUUACAUGUUGUAGCAGGAACUUCUGUAGCGAUACAAGUUCAGGCCCCGAGAAAUUUCCUCAUAUUAUGAAUUUUCCGGAAUUGGUGUGGCCAAGUCUUACGAAGAGUUUGAAAAAUUGGAUACUUGCAAAUUUGAUAAUCAGGCCCUACUUUGAUCAGGAAUUCAAUAUUCAGGACUUCGUACUGGGGUCAAAGCAGGCAGUUGAAACAGUGUCAGCUUAUUUACCAAAAGGUGAUUUUGAAAAUCUGGAGGGCUUGGUGCACGAGGACACUAUAAAAGAACUGAAAAAAAAUAUUACCUCAUUUUCACUGAAACAUCGACAAGAGUUGGCAGUCAACAAGGAGGAUAUAUACUUUUCAUUCCCAUAUCAGAUUGGUGUAAUGUUCAGUGAUGAUGAUGAAAACCAAAAGAGAUUUGUGGAAAUAACAAUGGUGUACCAUGUUCUCCGUGGCCUUCAAGAAUUGAAAGAACAAGGCAUAGUACCUCCAAUGAACAUGGGACUGUUACCUGAAUACAGAGAUAAAAUGUUUAUUUGCAAUUACCGUUUUAUUAGAGAGUUUACUAAAGGUGUAGAGUGUCAGUGGGUUAUAAAUGUAUUGAAUCAUUUUAAACUAGCAGAUUAUACUUCGUAA